UUGGCAGCUGGCUCAAGCAGCGUGCAACAUGGAGGAUGACUACGCGCAUCCAUAUGAGGACUCCAUCGAAAAGUUCACGACGUAUGAGGACUACUUAGACAGCCAAAUCACACCGCAGGACCGCUUUUACUUGGAGGAGGAUGAGCUGGCAAGACAGCUGGUCGAAAUCGGAUGCCGGAAGGGCGAGGUCCUGACACGCGAGGACUUUGCAGCUAGAAGAGAAGCUGCAGAGAAUGCCAAGAAGGCUCGCCUGCAGAACGCCCCGAAGGUCUUGGCAAGUGCUCAAAAAAACCUGACAGACUUUCCAGUCCUUCGGCAUUUGGCUUGCAGGGAGGAGUUGGUGCGAAGUGGUAAGCUCAGCACCAUCAUCUUCAUUCGCGACAAGAAUCACCGUGGCCAGGAGAUCUCUGGCUACAUAGACUACGGCCAUCGUCUCAAAACAGAGAACUUUGAGCCGUACUUUGACCGGAAGAAGCGGCUGCUCCCGAAGUCGUCCGAUCUGUCCUUCUACAACUGGGACACUCAACACUCGACUUCAAAUGAGAGCCCCAACUUCCAGAUCCUCCCUGACCACGAGCAGGGUUUGCUUUUCAAGAACAAAAGAGAUCGAAAGGUCAUCAGCGUGGAUCCCAGAUCCGAGCCGGGAGACAACUCCAAGCGCUUGGAGGUCCCCACGACCGAGUAUAUCCAAGUGGUGAUUUUUGACCACAUGACCCGGAAAAAGAGCUGAGCCUGUGGUCUCAGACCGGAGAGGGGAACCAAACCAAGCAUACAGCUCCUGCCUCCAGAAAGCAAGAUAGUCAAUCGC